ACCAAGUGAGCUAUAAUAAUAAAGUCGAGCGGCUAACCACUUUCUAAAACACUUUGCAUUUGAACAGACCGUAACCAUGACUGCGCUCAGCAGCGGCGCGGGCAAUUUUAAUGUUACGAUCAUGGAAUUGAAUUCUGAGAGCUACACGACUAUGGGAAGGGUGGUAGACAACAGUACCUACACUGGUACUACAACAGAUCAGCUUUAUGAAGAGACACUGAAUCGAGCAUCAGCUUAUUUGUGGAUUAUCAUCUCACCAAUCUUUCUUUUCGUAGGAAUUUUUGGAAACAUUUUGAACUUGUUUGUUUUGCGGAGAAUGCAUUUUGAAAAAAAUCCCACGUUAAUUUUGCUGGUUCUUCUCAGUUUUACAGAUAUGACCGUUCUUUUGGUCGGACUGCCCAGAUACUGGGCUAGGGAUGCCUUAGACUUUGAUCUUCGGACAGUUUCACAGUUUAGCUGCAAGUUCAGUUUGUUUCUUAUUUACACUUCCAUGCAGCUUUCGUCGUGGAUUCUUGUGAUGGUGUCCAUCAUUCGCAUGAUUAAAACCGUCUUGCCUCUACAUUUUCCCAAACAUAAGAUACGAGUGACACGAAAGAACACGCUGACCUCUUUUGUGAUAGUGGUCAUUGUACUUUGCAUCAUCAACUUUCAUUUAUUCAUUACAAACGGUGUGCUGAUGGAUGAUGGAGACGCUUCGUGCACCUCUCUUACCCCUGAAUACAGAGAUUUUGACGAAUUUGUUUUCGUCUACAUUGACUUUUUCGUUCUCUCGGUGAUUCCAGCACUCAUUAUUAUCGUCUGCAACGUUUUAAUUUAUUAUGUUCUAAAACAAUUGAAGCACAGACGAACGUCCACAUCUUCCACGGAUAAAGUGACGUCGGAGUCUGUCUCAAGAGUUACCCGUAUGCUUUUCGUAACAAGCUCUUAUUUUGUCAUCGCCACCGUUCCAAUAUCUGUGCAUUUCAUCGUUGACUCCUACGUUCGACCUGGGUCAGAUGCUUUGACGCAAGCAAAGUUGGACAUGUCGUUCACGGUGCUCUAUCUAUUUGAGUUUUCACAUUUUGUAGUCAAUUUCUACUGUUACACGGUCACCAAUAAAAGAUUUAGAAGAACCGUACAGAACCUAAAGGACGAGAUGAAAAACAAAAUUCGUCGUCAUAGCCGCGUGCCCUCCGACUCAUACGACGUAAACAGUACAGUGGAUUCCAACAAAAAGUGUUCAGUCAGCGGGGUGUCAAAGUCGAUGUAGUGGUGCUGCAAACCAUUUUCCCGCCAAUACCAGCCAAACGGGAAGAGUACCUACUUUAAAACCGGAGAACAUCUGAACCGCGACUAAUGAAACAAUAAACAGAUUUUUGAGGUUUAACUGAGAAUGUACCUCGGCGCAUAUCUUAAUAUGUAGAUUUGAUGCUGCAAAGGUUCUGCUUGUGAAAGCGCGCGUGCGUGUAUGUGCAUGUGUGUGUUUGAUUAUACUAGCUAGUGUGAAACUUUAAUGCACACUCUAAAUAUUUUUUUUCACAUAUUAAGUUUUAUUUCUACAUGUAUAUAUUUAUAGACAAUCAAAGAUGUAACAUUCUAAAAGGAAUUGGUAGAGAAUGCAAUGAUCAUCUUAAGAACACCUUGUUUCACUCACAGUUCGUACGAUAAGGAAUUUGGAUCAUUUUGAGUUACCGGCAUUGCUCAAGGGGUAACUCCUCAUCAAUUUGUGCAUCUCGGUAUUCACCGUCUGAGAUACUACAUGUUAUCUUGAAAUUACAAAAGUUCCUUGUCGCUUUGUGUUUGUACAUUGUACAAAAGGGGAAUAGGACAUGAAACCACAACCCGGAAACAUCCGGGACCGAUUUCCUCCAUUAUUCAUUACAUCUUUGACUGUGUUUAGUAUGUAAAUAUGAAAUGUGUAUAGUAUGCAAGGACUGCAGAAUAGAAAGAGUGUAUUAUGUGACAUUGAUCACAAAGUGAUCAUUUCAUCAGCUUUAUCUGUCUCACCUGAAAUGUAUGGCUUUAAUUUAUUAUUUGUAUAUAUGCAUUUUUUUUAAAUUUUCUAAAUAAAUAAAUAUAUAUAUAUAUAUAUAUAUAUAUAUAUAUAUAUAU